AUGGAUGAGGAUGAGAGGAAGGUGAUAGAUGAGAGGGUGGAAGGUGACGCGGCCCUGGCGCGCGAUCGGUCUGCGUCGGGGUUGCUGAAGAGGAAACGCGAGGACGACGGAGAGGGGGAGCGGGGUAUGUGGAGCGGUCUUUGGCGAGAAGGAGGGCACGCGCUAACUUGGGUGCAGGAUGGCCGUGAGGCGUCAACGUCGGGUCUCGCCGUGGUCGAGCCAGCCAACUCGCCUGCACCGAUGCCCGCGGAGCCUGUGCCAGAAGACCCGCCGCCCCCGAACCCUACCAAUCAUUCACCGUUCACCCUCCGCCCCCUGACCCGCCAACACACCUUCGAUUCGAUCCGAACGCCCAAGCCUCUACGCGAAGCAGACUACGUCUCGUUGUUCCCCGUGAUGAACGAGGAUGAGCGGAGGGUGUGUGGGCGUCUGCUAGCGAAACGCAAGCGGGGUGGCGAUGAGGAGGAGGGAGAAGGGAAUGCGGGUGGAGCAGACGUCGCAGCUCUUGCUCGGGGAGUUCGAGAAACGUCGGUGCGAUGUCUUCCGCGGCGGUUGAGCCUGAGUCCGAGCCCGCACCUGCUCUUGCCGCGGUACCAGGCGGUACCAGCACCUGUGGCAUCUGAGCCCGCUCCUGUACCUGCGAGCGCAGAGUCCGUGCCAGAAGCCGCGACUGCGCCUACAUCUCCGGCCACUUACCCCGCACCCCCAUCUACUCCCUCUUCGCCCAGCCCAUCGCUCAAGCGCAAAUGCUCCGAAGAAGACAACACACAACAACCCUCCUCCUCAUCUCCCUCCGCGCCCUCUCCCACCGAAGAUACCUCGAAUGAGAGCGCUGAGGACGGCAGCCGUUCCAAACGCGCUCGUCUCUCGAGCUGGUGCCACAUCGCCUGA